UUUAUACAUUUAUUCCCGAUUAGUGAAGCUAAAACAUACGUACCACUAAUGAUCGUUGUUUUUCGUACUUGCUCGACACGGAGCGGUUAGUUUGCACUACCACGUUUUUUGGCGCGUUUGACCAAGUGGGAUAAUGGUAAAGUACUCUUGGGAACCGAAAGAUGAAGAUGAGGGCAAGACUUGUAAGGCUCGGAUACCGUAUUUACGGACACAUUUCAAAAAUAUGCAUGAAUGUGCAUGCGCAGUGAAGGGAAUGACGCUUCAACGAGCACAGACGUACUUGAAAAACGUUAUUGAAAAGAAGGAAAUCAUCCCUUUCCGCACAUUUAAUGGUGGUGUUGGUCGUCAUGCUCAGGCGAAAGUGUGGAAAACAACACAGGGCAGGUGGCCAAAGAAGUCAGCCCAGAUGUUACUUCAACUCCUUCAUAACGCCUUCAGCAAUGGUGUAUACAAAGAUAUCAAAGGAGGUGAAGCUAGUCGUCUGUAUAUAAAGCAUAUUCAGGUUAAUCAAGCUCCUAAAAUGAGACGUCGCACAUACCGGGCCCAUGGUCGGAUUAAUCCCUAUAUGUGUUCACCAUGCCAUGUGGAAGUUAUUCUAGCUACGAAAGACGAUAUUGUCCCCAAGGUACCUGCAGCUGCUCCACAACUAGUUAAGAAGAAGGAGUCUAAGAAGAAAAUGAAAAGGCAGAUGAUGAAGGAAAACGCUGGUUAUUAAACUUUUUAAUACACGUCACUGGAC